AUGCCAUUCAGCAGGCUACUCAGCAGACCCCCUUCUAUAAAACUAUUCUGCCUCAGCCAUUUGUCGCUAAUAUUUCUAGAAAGUCAUUCUACACCCGUGACCGCCAACAUGAAGGCUGCUGUAUUCACAAUCGCUGCUGCAUCCUUAUUCACCUUUGUCUCAGGCUUUUGCUGCUGUGUCCCAGGCAACAAAUGGAUAGCAGGGUCUGGAAACCUCAACAACUGUGCAUCGGAUUGUAGGAAGGCAGGCUUCAAGAAUGCUGGCUGCAACUAGUCCUUGUUUACAUCAGAUGUGAUUAUCUGUGAAGAUAGUUGCAUCUCAAGUUAAGGCUGAGCAUAUAUGUUUUAUGUUUUUGGAGGUGAAAUGGGGCACUGAAUCAAUUACGUGCUCCUAUUGACGCUUUGUGGAACAAACUGAGAAUGUUUCUACUGCUUGUCAAAACUUGGAUAAAUUGAAAGGUCUUUGGGGGAAAAAAGCUGAGAUACGUAUUGGAAACAGAGUUUUCUCAAUUGCCUUGCCAAAAUCCAUUCCAUUCAU